CACUCCCAAACGGCCCUUAGCUCAUUGCAAAGUCGCCCACUACCCAACCACAGCCAACGCUCACUGAACUCGUCACCAACCUCUUCUUCAUCUCUAUCUAUUUCUCAAUUCUUCUGAGAAACCCAAAAAUCUCUUUAUUUUUUUCUCAGUAUCAGAGUAUUGGGUCUGCAGCAUGGCUAGGAAGAAGAUCAGAGAGUAUGAUUCCAAGAGGCUUCUCAAACAGCACCUCAAGCGCCUAUCUGGCAUCGACCUGCAGAUCCGCUCCGCCCAGGUGACAGAAUCAACCGAUUUCACUGAGCUCACAAAUCAGGAGCCAUGGCUUUCAUCUACUAGAUUGGUUGUGAAACCAGAUAUGUUGUUUGGAAAACGAGGGAAGAGUGGUUUGGUAGCUUUAAAUUUUGAUCUUGCCCAAGUUGCUGAAUUUGUCAAAGCACGACUUGGUGUGGAGGUUGAGAUGGGUGGUUGCAAGGCACCAAUCACCACAUUCAUUGUUGAACCAUUUGUUCCUCAUGACCAAGAGUAUUACCUUUCAAUAGUUUCUGAAAGGCUUGGCUGCACCAUUAGCUUUUCAGAAUGUGGAGGUAUUGAAAUUGAAGAAAACUGGGAUAAGGUUAAGACUAUAUUUCUUCCAACAGAAAAACCAAUGACACUAGAGGCAUGCGCUCCAUUGAUUGCUACACUUCCCUUGGAGGUGCGAGGAAAAAUUGGUGAUUUCAUAAUUGGUGUGUUUGCUGUAUUUCAAGAUUUGGACUUCAGUUUUCUGGAAAUGAAUCCCUUUACUCUGGUGAAUGGAGAGCCAUAUCCACUAGAUAUGAGGGGAGAAUUGGAUGAUACUGCGGCCUUUAAGAACUUUAAAAAGUGGGGAGCCAUAGAGUUUCCAUUACCUUUUGGCAGAGUUCUAAGUUCCACAGAAAGCUUUAUUCACUCAUUGGACGAAAAGACAAGUGCAUCUUUGAAAUUUACUGUUUUGAACCCAAAAGGACGCAUCUGGACGAUGGUAGCUGGAGGUGGUGCAAGUGUUAUAUAUGCUGAUACUGUUGGAGAUUUGGGUUAUGCAUCAGAGCUUGGUAAUUAUGCUGAAUAUAGUGGAGCUCCAAAUGAGGAAGAGGUGUUACAAUAUGCCCGAGUUGUUAUUGAUUGUGCAACUGCAGACCCUGAUGGUCGUAAGAGAGCACUUCUAAUUGGAGGGGGCAUUGCUAACUUCACGGAUGUUGCUGCUACAUUUAAUGGGAUUAUUCGAGCUCUAAGGGAGAAAGAGUCCAAGUUGAAGGCAGCAAGAAUGCACAUUUAUGUACGCAGAGGUGGUCCUAAUUAUCAGACUGGUCUGGCAAAGAUGCGUGCUUUGGGAGAAGAACUGGGAGUACCUCUUGAGGUUUUUGGACCAGAGGCCACAAUGACUGGUAUCUGCAAGCAGGCCAUUGAUUGCAUCAUGUCUGGAGCAUAAUAUCAGAUUUUGUUUCUGAUUAUGCGUGCCAAGAAUAUAACAAAGCAGUCCGUAUUUGUCUAAGAAUAAUCGCAAGAGGCAUACACUGGAUUGGGUUACUGCUAGCUGAACAAUUUGAUUUUGUAACCCUGCUGAAAGUGUUACGAGUCCUGCAACUUAGCAUGCAACAAUGUCUUUACUUUUAUUUAUUUUCCUGGCAAAUCUUUUGAGACUUUGAGAAGAAAAUGUACACAAUGGUACCUCUGGAUAAUUGUUUCGAACCAACAUUUUGAUGUGUUUCACUGAGAAAGCAAAUUGUGAUUUAAUAUUAUGUGGUUAUUCUUAUUAA